GGAGGGAUGACUGAAUAACGAGGAGAGAAAAACAACCACCCACCCACUGCCCGACCGACCGACCGAGCCGUAUCCGGAGAGGAGUGACACGAGAAGAAGGAAGGGAGAGAAGAAUCGGGAGGUGGCAGCGGUCGUUUCGGAUUUGUCUGUUUGGAGAAGGAAAUAGGACGCUUUCAAUAUAUGAGGAGAGGUCCAUGUCGCUGGUUGUGAGGAUGUUUUCUCAGGGUUAUCUGUGGGCUCCACUGGUGCUACUGGUUGUCAUUUCCCAUUUCCCCAAUAAAGCACAGGAUCAGGUUCCAGCUCCGAGGAGGCUGCGAUUCAAAGUGCUGAGCCCAAACAACCUGCUCAUCUCGUGGAAGGAGCCCAAAGGCGACUUUGAUAGCUACUUGUUCCUCUACAACAGCAUACCAGGUGGCCAUCAGAGGGAGAUCAUCAUAUCAAACAGUGACACUAAGGUGUUGAUAACAGACUACGAUCCAUCCAAGGACUAUGUCGUCAGUGUCAUUUCUGUCAGUGGCAGUACUCAGAGCCGAGCACUUCUGGGCAGAUUUAAAGCCGUCGAUGGUGGUGGGGGAGGCAAAACGGAGCCGCAGCAUUUGACCGAUUCAUUGAUUCUUCCUGAAGACGUCAAUGAGAUCUCCGGAGUGGACCAGUUUGUGUGCCACACCGAGUCCAUAGCAGACAUUGUGAUCCUGGUGGAUGGCUCGUGGAGUAUCGGUCGUCUCAACUUCCGGCUGGUCCGUAUGUUCUUGGAAAACCUGGUCAGCGCCUUUGAAGUUGGCAUCGACAAGACCAGGAUUGGUUUGGCUCAGUAUAGUGGUGAUCCCAGGAUAGAGUGGCACCUCAAUGCUUUCACUACGAAAGAAGCUGUCAUUGAUGCUGUCAAGAACCUUCCUUAUAAAGGAGGAAACACUCUCACGGGGCUUGCACUGUCCUAUAUCUUGGAGAACUGUUUCAAGGCUGAGUCUGGUGCUCGUGUUGGUGUACCUAAGAUCGGGAUCCUCAUCACUGAUGGGAAGUCUCAGGAUGAUGUCAUACCGCCUGCAGAAAGCCUGCAAAAAGCUGGGGUUGAGCUGUUUGCAAUUGGUGUAAAGAAUGCUGAUGAGAAUGAGCUGCGCUCCAUUGCCUCGGAGCCCGAUGACUCUCAUGUAUAUAAUGUUGCUGACUUCAACGUUAUGAGCUCCAUUGUAGAAGGACUGACGAGAAUGGUGUGUGAGCAAGUGGAGCAGCAAGACAAGGAUAUUAAGGAGCAACAGCCAGAAAGAAUUGGACCGCCAUCAGACUUGGUGACUUCAGAGGUGACCGCCAGGUCCUUUCGAGUGACAUGGCGCCACACCCCUGGAAAUGUUGCAAAAUACAGAGUGGUUUAUUUCCCUGUUCAUGGAGGACAACCGCAGGAGGCUGUUGUUGACGGCCGUGACACCUCCGUAGUGUUGGAGCAUCUCAACUCGCAGACUGAAUACCAGCUGUCCGUCUUUGCUGUGAAUGAAAACGAAGCCAGUGAACCAUUAAGAGGAUCUGAAACCACCCUAGCUCUUCCCACCGUGACAGACCUCCAGCUGUUAGAUGUGACUCACAACAGCAUAAAAGCAAGAUGGGACAGUGUGAAGGGAGCAUCGGGCUACAUGGUGCUUUAUGCUCCACUUACGGAUGAUGGCGACUUAGACGAAAAAGAGGUCAAAGUGUCAGAACCUGUGAACAAGCUGGAACUAGAUGGUCUGAUCCCCCACACUGAGUAUACAAUCACUGUUUAUGCUAUGUUUGGAGAGGAGGCCAGCGAACCUGUUACAAAGCAGGAAACAACUUUGCCACUUAGUGUGCCUCGGAACCUCCAGUUCUCUGAUAUCACGCACAACUCGGCACGCAUCAGCUGGGACCCCGCUGCCAAUGGAGUGACUGGUUAUCGUAUCAUGUGGGUUAAGACGGAUGGGCGGGUUACUGAGGAGGUGGAAGUUGGACCUAUGAGCUCUUAUGACCUCAGUGGACUGACAUCUCUGAUGGAGUACUCGGUGGCUCUAUUCGCUUUAUAUGAUGAAGGCCAAUCAGAGCCGCUCACUGAUGGAUUCACGACGACUCCAGUUCCAGGUCCCCUCCAUCUCCGAUCCAGUGAUGUCAGUUCAGAUGGCUUUCAGGUCAACUGGGAUCAUUCCGCAGAUGACAUCAUCGUCUAUAGACUCUCCUGGGCACCACUCGCAGGAGGCGACACAAAGGAGGUGAUCCUGAGUGGAAGCGAUAACCGAUACAUGUUGACGGAUUUGAGUUCUUCCACUGCGUACGAAGUUAUGGUGAUGGCAGUCUUCAAAGAUCAAUCGGAGAGCGACGCAGUUUCUGUCACAGAGACUACAUUGGCCAAGACAACAACCAUCGCCACCACAACCACUGCCCCCCGCCAGGCGGUUAGGAACCUUCAACUGAGUGAUGAAACCACGCAGAACCUCCAGGCAUCAUGGGAGCUGGACGACCCCCGUGUGGAGAGCUUCAGGCUGUUUUACGCCAGCAUCGGGGCCAAUCCCAAAGAGGAGACGGUGUUAGUUCCUGGUCGUCAGAAAAGUAUGUUGCUUGAGUCCUUACUUCCUGACACUCAGUACAAAGUAACUGUCACGCCAAUUUACACGGAUGGAGGCGAUGGCAUCAGUGCAUCCACACAUGGGACCACGUCGCCUCUCUUGUCUCCUGAAAACCUUCGUGCAUCAGAGGAGUGGUACAACCGCUUCAGGGUCACCUGGGAUCCUCCAUCGUCUGCUGUUAUGGGUUACAAAAUCAUUUACCAGCCGAUCUAUGCACCAGGGAAUGUUUUGGAGGUGACCGUGAAUGAAGACUUUUACUCGGUUCUCCUCCUGAAUCUGCAAAGUGGGACAGAGUACAGCGUUCAAGUGUCCGCUUCCUACCCUUCGGGACAAAGUGAACCAUUGCUUGUGAACGCAAAGACAUUGUUCCUGGGUGUGUCUGACUUGACAGUCUACCAGGUGCGCCACAACAGCAUGUGUGUGCAAUGGCAGCCUCAUCUGCAUGCCACUUAUUACAGAAUCUCCAUCCAGUCCACACUCAACAGUCAGCGACAAGAAGUGAGCCUAGAAGGCGGGGCUUCUCGACAGUGCUUCUACGACCUUUUUCCAAGCAGCCAAUAUGAGAUCAGCAUUCACGCGCUGAUGCCGGAAAUGGAAGGACCUCCCAUCUCCGUCACUGACAUGACACUGCCAGCGCCCACUCAGGCUCCAACUGAACCCCCUGCCACGGAGCCCCCUCCCACAAUCCCACCUGCCAAAGAAGUAUGCAAGGAAGCCAAGGCGGACCUGGCAUUCCUAGUUGAUGGCUCCUGGUCAAUUGGAGACGACAACUUCAUGAAAAUCACAAAUUUCUUGUAUAAUGCCAUUGGAUCACUGGAUCAAAUUGGGCCCGAUGGUACCCAGGUGGCCAUUUGUCAGUUCAGUGAUGAUGCUCGUACAGAGGUCCAGUUGAGUUCCCAUGGUAACAAAGAAGCACUGCUGGAAGUGAUUCACAGGAUCAGAUACAAAGGAGGCAACACAAAGACGGGGCGAGCCAUUAAACAUGUGAAGGAGUCCAUUUUCACUUCUGAUGCUGGAGCCAGGAGGGGCGUACCCAAAGUCCUGGUUGUCCUCACUGAUGGCCGUUCACAAGAUGAUGUCAAUAUAGUGUCCAAGGAAAUGCAGAUGGAUGGAUACAUCAUUUUUGCAAUCGGCUUUGCCGACGCAGAUUACGGCGAACUGGUCAACAUUGCCAGCAAGCCCAGCGACAGACACGUCUUCUUCGUGGAUGACUUGGAUGCUGUGAAGAAAAUUGAAGAACAGCUCAUUACUUUUGUCUGCGAGGCAGCCACUGCCACUUGUCCGUCUAUUCUGAUGAGUGGAAACAGCAUUGCAGGUUUUCGUAUGAUGGAGAAAUUUGGUUUGGUGGAGAAGGAGUACAACACCAUUGCUGGAGUUUCCUUGGAGCCGGGCUCAUUCAACAGCUUCCCGUGUUACCGGUUACACCGGGACGCUCUGGUGUCGCAGCCCACCAAGUACCUUCAUCCUGAAGGUUUACCAUCCGACUACACCAUCUCCAUGAUGAUACGCUUGCUUCCCGAGACUCCGCAGGAGCCUUUUGCAUUAUGGGAAAUCCUCGAUAAGGACACCGAGCCGUUGGUGGGACUCAUCUUGGACUACUCUGGGAAGAGUUUGACAUUCUUCAACUACGACUACAAAGGAGACUUUCAAACUGUCACCUUUGAAGAGCCUCAAAUAAAAAAAGUUUUCCAUGGAAGUUUCCACAAGCUCCAUGUGAGCAUCAGCAAGACGGCAGUCAAGGUGGUGUUGGACUGCGCCGUUGUGGGAGAAAAAGCCAUCACAGCAGCCGGGAACAUCACCACGGAUGGCGUGGAGGUCCUGGGUCGCUUGGUGCGGUCUCGAAGUAGACGGGACAACUCUGCUCCGUUUCAGCUCCAGAUGUUUGAUAUCAUCUGCAGUACGUCGUGGGCAAGCAGGGAUAAGUGUUGUGAACUCCCAGCUUUGCGAGUUGAAGAGGAGUGCCCCUCAAUGCCUCACGCCUGCACCUGUUCUCAAGACAGCAAGGGACCCCCAGGACCUUCCGGACCUCCUGGUGGUCCGGGGAUACGAGGAACACGAGGAGACAGGGGGGAACCUGGCGUGACGGGACCUCAAGGGCCUGUGGGAGAGGCUGGCUCUGCUGGACCACCAGGACUGCCAGGUCCUCAAGGACCCAGUGGCCUCUCCAUUCAGGGGCCUCCGGGCGCUGCUGGGGAGAAGGGAAAGACGGGAGAGAUUGGCCCAGCCGGCCCAAUGGGUGUUCCUGGAAGCCAGGGAUCCCCUGGUAGGGAUGGUCCCCCCGGAGCGAGGGGCCUACCAGGUAAUGAUGGACCUCAGGGUCGACAGGGCCCGCCGGGCCCUCUUGGAGCCCCGGGUGCACCUGGAGCUACAGGACCAAUUGGAGCAGCAGGUCCUAAAGGAGAGCAAGGACUUUCUGGUCCCACUGGUAUCAAAGGAGAUAAAGGAGAAAGAGGUGACGUGCAGUCCCAAGCAGCCGUGCGCGCUAUAGCAAGACAAGUGUGUGAGCAACUCAUCCAGAGCCACUUGUCACGGUAUAACUCCAUCCUGAACCAGAUCCCAAUCCAGUCGUCUGCACCAGUACGUAGAAUGCCCGGGCCACCUGGUGAGCCUGGCAGACGAGGCCCCCCAGGACCUCAGGGAGAGCAAGGACCACCCGGCAGGCCCGGUUUCCCUGGUUCUAACGGGCAGAGUGGACGGCCAGGAGAAAGAGGUCUUGCAGGGGAGAAGGGUGAGAGAGGCAGUCCAGGUGUUGGGCCACAAGGACCUCGAGGACCCCCGGGACCACCAGGGUCACCAGGUGAGGGGCGCACAGGAAGUCAGGGCCCCCUCGGGCGACCUGGGAGCCCGGGGGCUCCAGGGAGGCCGGGAAAUCCAGGUUCCCCUGGAUCAGCUGGAUCGCCAGGUUAUUGCGACCAAAACUCUUGUUUGGGGUACAAUGUUGGAGUCCAAACUUUUCCUAAUGGUGGCUACCAGCCCUACAAUCAAGCCUACAACCAGGCCUACAACCCAUCAGCAGUAGCCCGUAAUGAUGAGGAAGAUGAGGAAGAGGAGGAUGAAGAGGACCCUUAUUACGCCCCUCAUCCCUAUCGCUACGGUUAUGACCCCUCGCGCUCAGAAGAUGUGGAAGUGCGGUCACCCGGCGUGGUCAGGAGGUUGACCCGUGAUGUCAUCAAGAAGGAAGAAGCACUUACCUCAAGUGCUUGAGCUCUACGCUUAACACAAAAUAAGCUGCAGCAAGAAGUCCCCACCCCUCCCUCUCUGAGUGGUUUUCUCAAACUGUUGAAAGUCUGUAAAUAUCUCUGUGGACUCUUGUAUAAUAUUGCAAAAAGUGCCUGAUCUUCGUUUUGUUUGUAAUCGUGAGAUGAGCUAUGGGAAGCCAUUUCAGCAUUUAUUCAAUUCCUUCUUUGUCUUCACUACAAAAGACAUUGUGGAUAUUCCCAUUACAGUUUUGCACUCAUCUGACAUUUGUGCACAUUAGCACGCCGUUUUUAACAUGAGCCAAGGGCGGAGUUAUGUAGUGGCCGCUCUCUGGCGACCCCCACCUCUAAGAAAAGAUUUCAACUAACAGUUGUUCCACCGGUAAGCCGAAUUGUCUAACAAGUGCAUAAGAUGGAUUUAGAAUAAAUGCUCAAACAGCUUUCUAUAGGCACCCGUUCAUCUUCACAAACAUCUCGUAUUCAAAAAAGACGAGGUGUUACCACUUGUACAGGCAGCUGUUUACGUUGGCUAAACAUCACCUGGUGAUCUGUUUCAGUGUGUUCAUCUUUUCGGCUGUGUUCACUUUGUUUGGGUGAAAAAAUACCUUGGUGCGAUUGAUUGCUCUGCGUGCAUGGUUCAUGUGAACAUGCAAGAUGAUAUUGGUCUGCUUGCAAGUGAACUCAAGUGCGGCAUGGACAUGUUUCAAAUAAUCACAGAAAAAAAAAAAAAAAUUCAACUCAGUGCAGACAGUCUGUAGUCCUUCCAUCAAUAUUCUGCAGCACUUAGCAUUUGAAAUGUUCUUACGUCAGUAAACCGCAGACCCUCAUAGUGGACACGCGUAAACACCGCCUUCAUCUGAAAAGAUUUUUUUUUCUGUACAGUGUUGUUUACUUCCCUUCGGCUGAAUACAUCGAUCCCUUCCCCAAGUUACCUGAACACUGUGGAGAAUACAUACAGUACUCAUUGCGUUAAAUUCUAUUAUUGCUACUCCGUGUUUGUGUUGUCAUAAACUUUUGUGGUGUUUGUCUCAGCACAAUACUUGUGAGCUGCUGGGUUCCAGAGAAAGAAAUGUCAAUGGUCACAAUUGACCUUGAUUGCAAGGACCGUCAUUCAAAAACAAGAUCAUGAAUCGGUUGAUAGCUGCUUUGAUAAGUCACAAAUGAAUUAGAAAAAAAAAUAUUAAAUUACUUGAUUUGCCUCAAUUGGGCAUCAAACAAUAAUACAAAACACUAAAAUGAGAAAAUUAGACAAGUGUUGUUGCUGUUGUUUACUUUUUUGUUAUUGUUCUCAUGCUGUCUGGUUUUGACUCCUUAACUGGAUUCAGUUUGCAGUCAAAAUAAAACGAGUUGGGAUUCAUCCACAAGCACAAAACUUGAGCAGUGCGCCAACCUGCAUCUUUUCUGUUUUAUUAACUGAACAAGAAAUGUGUCAUUGCAUGAAUGUAUUUAUUUUGUUUGCUUUUAUAACCAAUAAAUCUGUCACGAGACAACAAA